GAAAAGAAAAAGCAAAAUGUCACCCUCAUAAAUUACAGGAUUCCACUAUAUUACCCAAUGCGCCGACGCCUCACCCGGGGGAUUAAUCAUCCGCGUGCUCCUGCUCCUGCUACGGCUGAAAAGACCUGCCUAAAUGGCGGCGAGGCUGGGACUUAUGUCUCAGCUCUUUGUCUUCUUGAUUACGGGUGAGAAUUAGAUUUCUGAUUCAGGGAAAUACAGCGGCAUUGCGUGUGGUUCUGUUGCUUUCCGACUGUCCCGAUGAUCGGACUUUGCGACCAUGUCCUCCAACUCCCUGUUCCAUAGAGCUUCCGCGGGGCCGUCAUCCUCCGCAGUAUACACUCAGCUCCCGAACGACUCGACUUCUUUGCUAGAUUCUAGCACGCAGGUUGACUACUCACAAGAUGGUAUCGCAGGGAAUAAACCUGAUUCAAAUCGAAUCGCUAUCGACACCCGAGACGAAGACGAGAUCGACGAAGAAGAGGAACGCAGACAGGAUGGAGUCCGGCAGGCCGAGGCUAUCACAUCCUCCUGGACGUUUCGAGCUUUGGUAUUCACCUACGUUUUUAUCUACAUCUUAACGUUCGUCAACUCGCUACAGCAACAGGUCACAGGCAGUCUGGGCCCAUAUGUCACCUCCAGUUUCAAGCAACAUUCUCUGUUCUCAACGACCCAAACCUUGUCCAGUAUUGUCGCCGGUUGUUCGAAGCUCCCGAUUGCGAAGAUCCUAGAUAUAUGGGGCCGAGUUGAGGGUUUCAUUCUGAUGACGGUUCUGUGCACACUGGGACUUGUCUUGAUGGCAGUUUGUAAAGAUGUUGAGACUUAUGCUGCGGCUCAGGUCUUCUACUGGGUUGGAUAUAAUGGAAUGGGAUACGUGAUCAACAUCUUCCUGGCGGAUACCACGUCCCUCAGAAACCGGAUGAUUAUGUUUGGACUCAACUCGACACCGUUCAUUGUGACCGUCUUCAUUGGUCCAUACGUUGCGCAGUUAUUCCACACAUACAGCACAUUCAGAUGGGCAUUUGGUUUCUUCGCCAUUGUCGUUCCUGUUGUGUCGAUUCCCGUCGCGGCCAUUUUCCUGUACAGCAACUAUAAAGCGAGGAAAAUGGGCCUUGCUCCUCUUCGCACUGUCAGCGGGAGAACCACCCUCCAGGUCCUUUACCACUAUGCGCGCGAGUUUGAUGUUAUUGGUUUGCUUUUGGUGGUUGGCGGCUUUUCCUUGCUGCUCCUUCCACUUACCCUUGCUGCAAGUUCUGUGAAUCAGUGGCACAAUUUGUAUAUCAUUGCGAUGCUGGUUAUUGGAGUCGCUCUUCUGGCACUAUUCUGCGUUUGGGAAAAGUAUUUUGCUCCAGUGACAUUUGUCCCAUUUCAAUACCUUCAAGAUCGAACUGUGUUUGGUGCUUGUGUUUUAUCCGCUACCCUUUUUUGCAGCUUCUACACAUGGGAUGUCUACUUCUCCUCCUACCUGCAGGUAGUCCACAACCAAAAUAUCCGCAACGCCGGCUACAUAGCAAACAUUUUCACCAUCGGCUCCUCCUUCUGGGCUCCCAUAGCCGGUCUCAUGAUCCGCUACACUGGCCGUUUCAAGUGGCUGGGUCUAGCAGCCGUUCCCGUUUCAGCAAUUUUUACGGCCGCAAUGAUCUACUUCCGACACCCGGGUACAAAUAUCAGUCUUAUCGUGUUGAUCCAGAUCUUCAUGGCCUUUUCCGGGGGUACACUAGUCAUGACAGAGCAACUAGCCGCUAUGUCUGCAGUACCGCAUAACGAAGUCGCCGUCGUUCUUGCACUCGAAGGUCUCUUUAUGAGUAUCGGAGGAUCAAUCGGACAGUCGAUAUCGGGUGCUAUCUGGACGAACAUCCUGCCGGACAAACUAGUUGAAUACCUCCCUGAUAGUGAAAAGGCAAAUUGGAAGGAUAUCUACGGAUCACUUGAAGUGCAGCUGUCGUACCCCGUGGGCAGUCCCGCAAGGAAUGCGAUUAUAAUGGCGUACGGAUACGUGCAAAGACGGAUGUUGCUUGCGGGUGUGUGCUUUAUGCCGUUGGCCCUUGGGUGUGUGUUGCUUUGGAAGAAUAUUGAUGUUAAGGGGAAGCAGCAGACGAGGGGGAUGGUUUUUUGAGCGUUGCAUGUUGUAUGUGAGGUGCUUGGUGUUGGUUCAUUUGUAUAGUGCUUGUAAAAGCGUCUGCAUUGCAUAGGUAGAGUAUAGCAGUGAUCGUCUGGACGAUCUUGAACUCAGUUAAACAUAGUCCUUUGACAGAUAUCUUGUGACCUUCUGAACUCCCGC